ACUGUCCAGCUGGCAAUUCACUGCCGUUACAGCCCGUUAUCACUGAUCAUUAGGUGCCUUUCUUUGUUUCGUAGAAGGUUUGGGUUCUGCAGCAGGUACCUCUUUCUUUUCUGGAUGCUUCUCAGGUUCUGUGCAUAAAUAUAAACUGCAUGAAACUGCGUGCCGAGAGUGUGGAGGAACCGAUUAACUUGAGAGCCGCACAUGGAGCUGUGUCAGUGGUGGCGACACAUUGUUGUCUUCUUACUUAAUGCUUGGAUUCCAUCAUGCUUUGCCCAAACCACACCACCAGCGCACUCAAGCCCCACACCGACCCCUCAGACAGCAGAAGGCCCAGAGACACUGAAGUUCCGUCUGUCUGGUUUCCCCAGAAAACACAAUGAGGGUCGAAUUGAGGUGUUUUACAAGGGCGAAUGGGGAACCAUCUGUGAUGAUGACUUCUCACUGGCCAAUGCCCAUGUCCUCUGUCGCCAGCUUGGCUUUGUGUCUGCCACAGGCUGGGCUCACAGCGCCAAGUAUGGCAAGGGCACAGGUAAGAUUUGGCUUGACAAUGUGCAGUGCAGUGGCAGUGAGAGGAGCGUGUCAGUGUGUAAGUCUCGUGGCUGGGGUAACAGUGACUGCACUCAUGAUGAGGACGCUGGAGUGAUCUGUAAAGAUGAGAGACUGCCGGGAUAUGUGGACUCCAAUGUUAUAGAGGUGCUGGUAGAUGAGAAUAAAGUGGAGGAGGUGCGUUUGCGUCCUGUCUUCACCAUAGCCACUAAGCGGAUGCCGGUCACUGAGGGGGUGGUGGAAGUCAAGAAUAAGGACGGAUGGGCUCAGAUCUGCGAUAAUGGCUGGACACCCAAAAAUUCACGUGUGGUUUGUGGCAUGAUGGGAUUCCCUCACGAGAAGAAGGUCAACAAGAACUUCUACAAGCUGUAUGCUGAACGGCAGAAGAAUCACUUCCUGGUUCAUUCAGUGGCAUGCUUAGGCACAGAAGUGCACUUGGCUGCGUGUCCUCUAGAGUUUAACUAUGGCAAUGCCACAGAGUCGUGUCCUGGAGGAAUGCCUGCUGUGGUCAGCUGUGUGCCUGGUCCACUGUACGCACAGAGCACUGCUAUGAGGAAGAAACUCAAGAUGCAGUCUACUGUACGGCUGAAGGGUGGAGCAAAAUAUGGUGAGGGCCGUGUCGAGGUUUUGAAGGGCAGUGAAUGGGGGACGAUUUGUGAUGAUCGCUGGAACCUGCUCUCUGCCAGUGUUGUAUGCAGAGAACUGGGCUUCGGCUCUGCCAAAGAAGCCCUCACAGGUGCCCGCAUGGGACAAGGGUUGGGGCCUAUCUAUAUGAAUGAGGUGCAGUGCACAGGUCAUGAGCGCUCUCUGUGGAACUGCCGCUAUAAAAACAUCACUACUGAGGACUGCAAACACACUGAAGACGCUUCACUCCGCUGUAAUGUCCCAUAUAUGGGCUAUGAGAAGACGGUGCGCAUCUUAGGGGGGCGAUCUCGCUACGAGGGCCGUGUGGAGGUGUUACGUACUGAGACUAACGGGACGCUGCGCUGGGGUCUGAUCUGUGGAGAAGGCUGGGGAACUGAGGAGGCCAUGGUUGUGUGCAGGCAGCUGGGCCUCGGGUACGCCAACCAUGGCCUACAAGUGCGUCUGUCAGGUGGGCGCUCACAGUAUGAAGGGCGAGUGGAGGUGCGGGUGGGGCAGCGGUGGGGCAGUGUAUGCAGUGAGGGCUCGACCACCAAAGAGGCCAUGGUGGCAUGCAGGCAGCUAGGGCUAGGGUUCAGCAUGCAUGCUAUUACAGAAACAUGGUAUUGGGACAGCAGUAACGUGACAGAGAUGGUUAUGAGUGGAGUGAAAUGUACAGGAGAUGAGAUGUCUCUCAGCCAGUGCCAACACCACAGAACCGUCAACUGCCAGAAAGCAGCCGCACGAUUCUCAGCAGGAGUCAUCUGCUCAGAAACUGCAUCUGAUCUAGUGCUGAAUGCACCGCUAGUGCAGCAGACGACGUAUAUAGAGGACCGGCCGUUACACAUGCUGUACUGUGCAGCAGAGGAGGACUGUCUGUCCAAGAGCGCCGCUAAAGCUAACUGGCCUUACGGUCACCGCCGCCUGCUCCGCUUCUCCUCACAGAUACACAACAUCGGACGGGCUGACUUCAGGCCCAAAGCAGGCCGUCACUCAUGGGUCUGGCACGCAUGUCACGGGCAUUAUCAUAGCAUGGACAUCUUCACACACUAUGACCUGAUGUCUGCCAAUGGCACUAAAGUGGCAGAAGGACACAAAGCCAGCUUCUGCCUGGAGGACACAGAUUGUGAUGAAGGUGUUUCCAAGAGAUAUGAGUGUGCUAACUUUGGUGAGCAGGGCAUCACAGUGGGAUGCUGGGAUUUGUAUCGCCAUGACAUUGAUUGCCAGUGGAUCGAUAUUACUGAUGUCAAACCAGGAAAUUAUAUCCUUCAGGUUGUGAUAAAUCCUAACUAUGAGGUUGCCGAGAGUGACUUCACAAACAAUGCCAUGAAAUGUAACUGCAAAUAUGAUGGCCACAGGAUCUGGGUCCAUAACUGCCAUAUUGGUGAUGCUUUCAGUGAGGAGGCUGAGAAGAAGUUUGAGAAAUACCCUGGACAAUUUAACAACCAGAUCUCAUAAUCUUAUCACCAGAUUGAUAUAAUUAGCAAAUUGGGACAAUCUAAUCCAGAGUAAAAUAUUUAUUCAUUCAAACCAGCCAUAAACUAAGUAACUUCUCACAUUGCAAUUACAGAAACCCUAAAAUCUACAAUAUCCAAUGUUUUUACGCCAAGAGUAUAACUGUACUGACAUAACCUGUAAUUUUUAAUGAAAACAGAACUCCAAAAAAAAAAAAACACUCAGAGCUACUGAGUCUGGCUUAAGUAGUGUGAGGAUUAGAUGUAAAUUUGUCAGGCUGUGCAGUGCCUGUCGUAUGUGUUUACAGUGCAAUCAGGUGCUUAUUUUCUUAAAGGUUUAAAAAGCCUUGUCGAUGCAUCACGCAGCCCGUGUGCUGCUGUCUCUGUGAGUUAAAAGUACUUGAAUGUUUUGUACUCCAGAUGAGCAUUCGUGUUUAAAAGCUAUUGCAAAGUGUGAAUGUAUUUUAUGCUUCAAAGCUCUGACUCAACUCCUAUUUUACUUUCAAAUGGUCUUUCAUGUAUGACUUGUUAAAGCUUCAGUGACGUUUUUUACACGCUGUCCUAGAUUUGUCUUUUUACUGAA